AUGAAUUUUUCAGGUUUUAGUAACAAAUUUUGUGUUUCAGCUCGGUGCAAAGAAAUUAACGAAAGACUUGGGAUUCACGAGGUUUGUGGUAUGGUAGCGCCAUUUUGGUGGCCUAUUUCCUUAAAUUAUGCAAAAAUUAAAAUUCUAGGAAUAUACAUUGUUCCAUCAGGAUGCUUGUUAACAUCAAUAUGGGAAUGUGCUGAACUUAUAGUUUCAAAAAUAAAACAUUUGAAACAACUUUUUCAAGAGGUUUUUGAAAUUGACGAUCCAGUUUUAAGAAGAGAACUUUUAAGAAAUUGUAUUCAAUAUCACCAAGAAAUUAUCAGGAUGACAUAUGAAUGGAACAAAGCAACCAAAAAAUCUCUUGCUCAAUAUUCUUGGCUCAGUCCAGUUGUUAUUUGUUUCAUUACUUCACAAAUGUUAAAGACGUAUUCAAUAGGAGCUUUCGUACAUUUGAUGGGUUUUGGUGUCACGGUUUUCUUUCUUUGUCAUGCUGGCCAAGAGAUAGAAGAUCAGUGUUAUAACAUACAAGAUGCUUUAGCGGAUUCCAGGUGGUACAAAUCUGAUAAAAAAUUACUUAAGACUGUCCAAAUAAUAAUAAUGCGUUGUCAAAAACGCAUCUUUUUGGAAUGUAAUUUUCCUGGCGGAGCUUAUAAUUAUAAUUUAAUGAUUAUCAUUUAUAAGACAGCUUAUUCGUACGUAACCGUUAUAACCAAUACAGGAGCCUAAUUUUUAUGUAAAGUUACAAUUAGUAAUGUUAACGAACAGAAUCUAAGAAGCACUUAAAAUUAGCCACAUUAGCAACACUAUUUUCGAAGUGGAGAAUUACGCAUAUAUUUGAACACAGCUUUUUUUAAGCAUUGCAUUAAUUGAGAAAGGGGUUUACUGAAUUUCCAGUAUGUUCUUAAAUCUGACACUAAUUUUAAAUUACUAGGAAGAUCCAACGUAAAAAUGUAUGAAAAUUACAAACACAGCUAAAACAACAAAGAACUGUCGAGAAAGUGAUGCUUUAAGAAAUACGAGUAAAUCUGUAAACUAGGAGUAUUAACCCGUAAAUUAUUAAGCUUAUAAAUAAUUUAAAACAAUGAACUGUCUUUUUUUAAAGUUUAACAAUAUUAUCUUACUUUAUAG